AAGAGACACAGAAUGGAUAGAACUACAAAUACAACAAACAACCUUAAAAACAGAGGAAAGAAAGAAGAAAAGGAGAAGUGCCGCAAAAGCUAAGAAGGUGAAACUUGUCUUCUCCUUCUCUAGCUUUCUGCGCCCUCUCUCCAUCCACAGGCAACACAAACCAAAGCAAAAAAGAAAGGAAUUGUGAGAGAUGAGGACAGGAAGCGCAGGAACAGAAGGAGAAAUUCGAGAGGCAAAUAAUGUCAGUGUAAAUAUGGGAUCUGGGUUUCCUUUAAGCUUUUGGGAGGUAACGGUGGCUACCACUGUUGUCUUAGGAUUUGUUCUCGGUCUUUUGGGGGUUUAUCUUACCAUGCCUCCUUCCGAUUACAGCUUCCUCAAGCUGCCUCGGACCCUUGAAGAUCUUCAAAUCCUCAGAGAUCACCUUGAGAGCUACACAAGUGACUACACUGCGCAAGUCCUGGUAGGAUAUUGUGUGGUCUACAUUUUCAUGCAAACAUUUAUGAUUCCUGGGACUGUUUUUAUGUCAUUGCUUGCUGGUGCUCUUUUCGGAGUAUUUAAAGGUGUGGCUUUGGUGGUGUUCACUGCUACUGCUGGUGCUUCUUCAUGCUAUUUCCUUUCAAAAGUGAUUGGACGGCCUCUGGUAUUCUCUUUGUGGCCUGACAAACUGAGCUUCUUCCAAGAGCAGGUAGCUAGAAGAAGAGAAUGCUUAUUGAACUACAUGCUUUUCUUGAGGCUAACCCCAACUCUUCCAAAUACAUUCAUAAAUGUUGCUUCACCAAUAGUAGAUGUGCCGUAUCAUAUUUUUUUCUUGGCAACCAUUAUCGGACUCAUUCCUGCUGCUUAUGUCACUGUCAAGGCUGGUAUAGCUCUUGGAGAAUUGCAAUCGCUCGGAGACCUUUACGACUUCAAUUCCAUUGCUACUCUAUUCCUUAUCGGAGUUGUCUCUAUCACGCCGACUUUGAUGAGCAAGGCUAAACCGUAGCUUGAUCCUUAAAAGAACUAGCUUUUUGUACAUGGUGCUCGAGCAUGCUGGCAGUUGUCUGGUUGCUUCUCAACUCUGUACAGAUUAGCGUCUAAUAAAAUGUUUCGCGGACACAACUGCUGAUGCUUAAGACGUUGUUGAUGCUGAUCUAAGGAAGGUACUGGACUAUUGACAGGUCCUUUUUUUUUAGUUUUGUUCAAUGUUAGGUGGUGUUUGAAUACCAGAUGUAGGGUGGGGAGGCAAAUUGUAUGAUAAUUUUAGUUAAAAGAGUAGCUAGUUCUUUGGACUUUGAGGUAUUUGUAUCAGUGUUUCAAGGCAAUGUACUAACGAGCCUUGUGGUUUCAGUGUUCAGGUAACUAAUCGUUCAUGGAUUAUAAAACAUUUGCUUCUAUUUUCUAAACCAA